CAAUUCAGUUUCAACCUUACUGUGAUAAUCUGUGUGUUGUCGGCGCUGGAAGUGUUUCACCAGCUUUUUUUGUAAAUCAGUAAUAGUUUUUUUGGCGUGACUAGAAAACGGGGCCUUGCUGACAAUGGGCUACAGAAUUAACAACUGUCCUAAUCAAAAGGUAAAGGAACGUCUAAAAGAAUUUGUCUUAGACAACGACAAACUGAGAAGAUACAUUGAGGUUUUCACGGAUCAUCUUAACAGGGGCUUGGGUAAGGCAACGAACCCAACCUCUAUCGUCAAAUGUUUCCCCACAUACGUACAAGAUCUGCCCAAUGGCCAAGAAAAGGGCAAGUUUCUGGCCCUGGACUUGGGCGGCACCAAUUUCCGUGUCCUGUGCGUGGAACUGGACGGCGAGCACUGCGAGAUGAACUCCAAAAUCUUCGCCAUCCCUCAACACAUCAUGGUGGGAACCGGCGAACAACUGUUUGAUCACAUUGCCGAGUGUAUGCACACCUUUGUCAAGGAGGAGGGCAUCGAAAACGAAGUGUUGCCUCUCGGCUUCACCUUCAGUUUUCCCUUGAUACAGAAGGGUCUGACCGUUGGCAUCCUCCAACGGUGGACCAAAGGGUUCAAGUGUUCCGGUGUCGAAGGCGAAGAUGUCGUCAAGCUACUCGAGGAUGCGAUUGAAAGAAGAGGUGAUGUCAAAAUAGACGUAUGUGCGAUCUUAAACGACACAACAGGAACACUUAUGUCAUGUGCAUGGAAAAACCACGAUUGUGGCAUAGGUUUGAUCAUUGGCACGGGUAGUAACAGCUGUUACGUAGAGAAACAAGCAAAUGCCGAGUUGUUUGAUGAAGAAGAUAUGGGUUCUGGGGAGGUUUUGAUCAAUACUGAAUGGGGUGCGUUUGGAGACGAUGGCGCUUUGGACUACAUUAGAACUGAGUACGACGAAGAAAUUGACAGAAACUCUAUUAAUGUCGGCACACAAAAACAAGAAAAGAUGAUCUCAGGAAUGUACAUGGGAGAAUUAGUAAGACUGGUAACCGUAAAAUUGAUUAAAGAAGGUCUCAUGUUCGGCGGCAAAGGUUCCGAUCUGAUCAGCAAACGGGACAACUUCUACACCAAAUACGUGUCGGAGAUCGAAUCAGACGCACCGGGCACCUUCAACAACGUGUCGAUGAUCUGCGAGGAGUUGGGCCUGAAACACGCCACAGAACAGGACUACAUCAACCUGAGAUACAUUUGCGAAUGUAUUUCGAGGAGGGCUGCGCAUCUGGUGUCUGCAGGUCUGGUGGCCUUGCUCCACAAAAUGGGCAAGCCCAAUGUGACUGUUGGUGUUGACGGUUCAGUUUAUCGGUUCCAUCCAACUGUCCAUGAUGUAAUGGUAGAAAAAAUGACAGAGCUGUGCGACCCCAAUAUCAAAUUCCAGUUAAUGUUAUCAGAAGACGGCAGUGGUAGAGGUGCAGCUUUGGUGGCCGCAGUGGCGGCAAGAAAGAAGAGGGAAGCUCAAUUAAGCGCGUAACAGCAAAUCAAUGUGUACAAUUUAAUUUAAUAGAUUUUUAAAUUGAUAACAACUUAAAAGCUUGUCCUUUAAAUUUAAUUUUAGUGAGUCAAGUUUGUGUUAUGGGUUAAAUAGACUACAAAGUGAAAAUAGCCCCUGAGCAGGUCUCAGUUAUUGUCAGUUAAUUAUUGUUUACAGUGUUGUUUUAUGUGGAAUAUACAUGAACGUCGAUAUAUUCCAUUUGUAUUAUGUUUUAUACUGUAUAUUUUACAAAAUACCUAUUUAAAUGAUAUUUUCUAUAAUUUUACACCAAUUGGUCAUAUUUAUUUAACGUUAAAUAAUUUAUUUAUAUUGUUAUUUAUGUGGAAAAAAAUUUGAUCCGAUUUUAUUUGUUUUUUUUUUAUGGAGCAUUGCCUUAUCCACUGAAAAUAUAUAAUACUCGCUUUCAUUUAUAAUGUAAUAGGACAAUACUUCUACUGAAAAAUGUUAAAUUAACUGCCAUAACCACAUAAAUUUCAUCUUCACAUUGAAUGUUUGUGAUUACGAAAUUGUUGAUAUAUUAUAGUAUAUUUUCUCUGAUUUUUGUAAAUAAUUUUAUUUUUUUGUCACUAGUUACUUAAAAAUGGCAUUGUUUUUAUACAAGGCAAUGAUUGUAUUGUAUAUUGUAAAAAAUUUUAUGUCAAAUAAAUAGUUUAAAAAAUA